AGGGGGCACAGACUAAAAAAGACUCGAUCCUUCUUCAUCUUCGAUUCUCCUCUGAACCAGACACCAUGUUCCCAUCCUAACUCAGCCAUUUGCGAUCUCCACUGACUGACCAACCCUCAUCACCGAUUACUUCACCUUCACCUCCACUUAAUUUUUCUGUUUUGGGCAGAAGAGAGAGACGAUUUCCAGCAAUUUGUCGGCGGUUUUUCUGUCUGCUCCUUGGGCGAUUUUCCAGCAAUUUGUUUGUGGAACUGCUCGCGGCCGCGGAAGCGGGAAGGACUUCGAUUAUCUUGAAGAGGGCUUCUUCGACGGGAUUUUUGGAGGGUUGCUGGAAGUGGAAAAACAGAGAGGAAGAGGGAAGCUUGGGCAGCAUACUCUCAUUGUUCUCGCCUUUAGUGGUCAUCAACAACAGCAACGAUAAUGGAUUGGACUGGAGAAAGCAUCAACUCCACCAAGUCAAUUCAGAUCCGGAAGCUCCUGACACAGGCCGUCAAUCUUGGUAUGAUUGUUACAUCAGCUCUGAUAAUAUGGAAGGCCUUAAUGUGCAUUACUGGAAGUGAAUCUCCUGUUGUGGUCGUUCUUUCUGAAAGCAUGGAGCCUGGCUUCAAGAGGGGUGAUAUUUUGUUCUUACACAUGGGUAAAGAUCCUAUUCAUGCUGGGGAGAUUGUAGUUUUUAAUGUUGAUUGUUAAAUUUAGUUUUUAAAAUUUUUAUUUUGAAUAUUUUAGUCCCUAAACUAUUUUUUAUAUUUUUUUUGUCUCUCAACUUUGAAUGAAAAAUGUGCCUUUUG